AAAAGGCCUGGGUGGGGCGGGCGGCGACGGCCCGCGGGUGCAGGUGAGCCCUUGCUCGUCGGGGCGGCCGGCGGCGGCGCGGGGCCCAGCAUGCGCGGGGGGCCCCGCUGCCACCAUGUACGUGGGCUAUGUGCUGGACAAGGACUCCCCGGUCUAUCCCAGCCCAGCCCGGCCCGCCGGGCUCAGCCUGGGCCCACAAGGCUACGGCCCCCCGGCCCCGACGCCCGCACCCCCGCAGUACCCCGACUUCACCAGCUACUCGCACGUGGAGCCGAGCCCCGCGCCCCCCGCAGCUUGGAGCGCACCUUUCCCUGCGCCCAAGGACGACUGGGCGGCCUAUGGCCCGGGACCCGCGGCCCCAGCGGCCAGCCCGGCGCCCCUUGCCUUUGGGCCCCCUCCGGACUUUAGCCCGGUGUCUGCGCCUCCGGGGCCUGGCCCGGGGCUCCUGGUGCAGCCCCUCGGGGGCCCGGGCCCACCGUCCUCUCCCGGAGAGCAAAGGAGGACCCCCUACGAGUGGAUGCGGCGUAGCGUGGCGGCUGGAGGCAGUGGUGGCAGCGGUAAGACGAGGACCAAGGACAAGUAUCGCGUGGUCUACACCGACCACCAGCGCCUGGAACUGGAGAAGGAAUUUCACUACAGUCGUUACAUCACUAUCCGGCGCAAGUCGGAGCUGGCUGCUAACCUGGGCCUCACCGAACGGCAGGUGAAGAUCUGGUUCCAAAACCGCCGGGCCAAGGAGCGCAAAGUGAACAAGAAGCAGCAGUUACAGCAGCAGCCGCUCCCGCCGCCGCCAGCUCCCACAACCCACGAAAUCACCCCCAGCCCUGCUGGUCCACCCCUGGGGAGCUUGUGCCCUGGCUCUGCCAGCCUACUGGGUGCCUCCUCCCCACUGUCUGUCAAGGAGGAAUAUCUGCCCUAGCCCCCUUGCUGUGUCUAUGGGGUUGGGAUCCAGGGGACUGUGGAGCAGGGCUGGGAGAGGUGACCUUUGGACCAGCUGCCCAUCCAGCCCUGCAUCCUCUGAGCCCAUGCUGUGAGCUGUUGGAUAAAGACCACUUCUAGCUUCAGAAUGAUAGGAUCUUGGGGGGGGGGGACUGAGGAGUAGGAUACCCUCCAGGGGGUCACGUGUUCCAAUUCUCAAUAGUCUAUGAGGGGCCAAGAUAAGACUGCAGUCUCCCCUUCUCUGUAGACUGCUGGGGGAAGCAGGGGGAGCCUGGUAGAGGGGGCGGAGUCGGCAGGGCCAGGCCUGGGUGGGGAGGAUGGGCUAGCUUAUAUCCACCACCUCCUGCAGCCAGCCCAACCCCCUGGGUGUAGCUGUGCCACUUACCUCCCCCUAGGCGGGACAGACACAUCCCCUCACAGCCUUGUCAAUGGGGGGGGGGGCACAGUCCACCCCUCUGAGUCACUGUCACCUACCAGCUGUCCACAAGACCCGGGGUCACCCAGGGGACCCCCAGAGGGUUUAUGCCAAACCACACAGAGUUCACCAGCGGGCAAGAGUUGUACAUAAAAUGGAAUCUCUUGGAUGCGGCUUCUGGAAUAAAUCUUGUCUUCUCUUUUUAAACACGCAUAAGAAUCAUUAUACAUAUUGUAUGAAAGGAAAGUCUUAAAGAAGCAUCGAUCAUACCACACUUCCUCAAUCACGGCCACCCCUCUUCCAGUAUUUAUGGCUACUCCCUGCCCCCAGUCACCUUUAAAAUGUACUGAAGGGCUGGCAAAAUAGCUCAUUUGGAUAGUGUAUUGCUUUGCCAUGCAGACAACCCAGGUUCAAGCCCAGUCCCCACUGCAUUGAAGGAAGAUUCAGUUCUGUGGUGUUCCCCCAUCCCCAUCUCUCUCUGUCUCUCUUUUCCAUAUAUACAUGGGGGAAAGACAGUGGUGCACCCAGUUGAGUGC